AUUCUUGCUGGACACGGAGGAUUCCUGUCCUCUGCCAUUAACCUCCCAAGACUCAUGAAGAACACUAUAUAAAGGGCAGCUCCUCAUGUUUACCAACCCAUCCACAAACCAACUCUUCAAUCCCUCAUUUCUCAAACUCCACCUUUGAUCUCUCAGCAACAGUGCAGAAGCCAACAUGGAUCCUAGCGAGACCCAAUCGAUCACGACGCCUGCUGAGGAUGAGGAGCUCGUGGCUGCCUUCGAGACUUGCAUCCUCACGGCCGUCCCCAUGGUGUUCACGUCCGCCGUCGAGCUUGGGAUCAUCGACUUGCUAGCCCAGGAAGGCGGGGCCUCCGCCCGGCUCUCACCGUCCCAGAUUGCGGUCCGCCUCGGGAUCACCAACCCGGACGCCCCACGCACCAUCAACCGCAUGCUACGGCUCCUGGCGAGCUUCUCCUACUUGUCGUGCACUCUUCAUGGCGAUCAGAGUCUGUAUGGCCUCGGGCCAAAGAGCAAGUACUUUGUGAACAGCGAAGCCGGUUCUUUCACGCCAUUGCUGCGAUUCCUCCAACAUAAGACCGUCAUCAACGGCUGGUAUGGGUUGCAGGAAGCAGUUAAAAAUGGAGGAAGCCCCUUUCAGAAUGCAAACGGGAUGAGCAUCUUCGAGUGCGCCAUGAAGGACCCCGCGUUCAGCACGCUCUUGAACAACGGGAUGAAAGCCCCGACCCCGCUUUACAUGAACAAGUUGCUCGAGUCUUACCACGGGUUUGAAGGCGCGAAGACGGUCGCCGACGUGGGCGGUGGGGUGGGCGAGACCCUCCGGCUCAUAUUGGACAAGUUCCCAAAUCUCAGGGGCAUAAAUUAUGAUCUGCCUCAUGUGGUCAAAGAUGCACCUACCCAUCCUCGCAUGGAACAUGUCGGAGGAGACUUGUCAAAGUCUAUUCCAAAAGCAGAUAUCCUCUUCAUGAAGUGGCUUUUCCAUGGUCGACCCGACGAUUUCUGCAAAAAGCUACUCAAGAACUGUUACGAUGCACUGCCACCAAAUGGCAAGGUGGUCAUCCUGGACCCUAUCCUUCCUGAUUACCCCGAGACCGACAUAGUGUCAAGGAACACAUUCACCUCCGACAUGAUCAUGCUAGGUGCAAGCCCAGGAGGGGUCGACCGGACGAGGAAAGAGCUGGAAGCACUCGCUCUUUCAGCCGGAUUUGAUAAGCCAAGGAUCCUGUGUCGAGCUUACAACAUGUGGGUUAUGGAGUUGCACAAAAAGAAGUGAUCACUCUCGAGUCGCUCGUGGCAUGAUUCCCUCAUUUUAGGAUUUCUCAUGCCCGGAAAAAUGAAAGAUAAAAAAGGAGUCACCCGUAAAAUAAAAGCCAUCUUAUCGGGUAGAAUAAUGCAGCAUAAUCCUUGAGAUUCAAUAAGAAAGCGUGAUUGUUCCGUCUCCAUGAGGCGGUUCCUCACUUCCUUCUCA